AGUCCAGUCAGUCAUGGAGCAGUUUGUGCCUGCUGAUCGCUCUCUGUCAGUCUGCAGGCGGCUAUGUUACGCAGCGGGACACUUUCUAAACGACCUGUGCGCCUCUAUGUGGUUCACCUACCUGCUGGUGUACAUGCACUCCGUGCUUGGCUUCCAGAGCACGUAUGCAGGUGUGAUGCUGCUGAUUGGUCAGAUAGCGGAUGGAGUCUACACGCCUCUGGUUGGAUAUGAAUCCGACAGAACACCGUGCUUCUAUGGCAGGAGGAAAACCUGGCAUCUACUGGGAACUGUUUGUGUUGUUGUGUCUUUCCCCUUCAUCUUCAACCCCUGCCUGGCCUGUAACGACAACACUCCUCAGUGGGCUCAAAUCGUCUACUUCUCCCCCUUCAUCAUCAUCUUCCAGCUCGGCUGGGCAGCCACUCAGAUCUCACACCUCUCCCUCAUCCCGGAGCUCGUGUCUAGCGAGAGUGACAAGGUGGAGCUCACUGCGUACAGGUAUGCCUUCACUGUGGUGGCCAAUAUCACAGUGUACGCUGUGGCCUGGCUGCUCUUUCACUUCCAGGCUCAGCACACCGUGAACCCCUCCAUCACAGACAACCUGGGCCCUGUGGACAUCCCUCUGUUCAGGACGCUGGCCCUCAUUAUGCUGGGUACUGGAGCAUUGUUCUCCUUCAUAUUCCAUGUUGGCACAAAAGAAGAAGUGGCAGCCCCAGGGAACGAGAAUCAGCCGAUCACACCUUCCUCCUCACAGGAAGUUUUGCCUCAGCCUGUAUUCCAGUGGAGGCAUUGGCUGAAGGAGGCAUCUUUCUACCAGGUGGCCUUCCUGUACAUGUGCACCAGACUCAUAGUCAACUUAUCUCAGACGUACAUCUCAGUUUACCUCACCAACUCGCUGAUGCUACCGAAGAACUUCAUUGCCAUCAUCCCUCUGGUGAUGUAUGUCAGCGGCUUUGUUUGCUCUCUGGCCAUGAAACCAGCCAGCAAGCUCAUAGGAAUCAGUACUACCUAUUUGAUCGGCCUGUUGCUGGUGAUUGGCUUCGCCACCUGGGUGUUUGUGGACAAGAGCAUGGGAGCAGAGAGCAUCUACGGAGCAGCCGUGCUGCUGGGAGCCGGUUCAGCCACAAUCCUGGUCAUGUCUCUGUCCAUGACAGCCACACUGAUCGGGGAGCAGACGCAAAGUGGAGCUUUUGUUUAUGGAUCAAUGAGCCUCACAGACAAGGUGGCUAAUGGUGUGGGGGUCGUCCUGAUUCAGAGCAUACGGCCAUGCAGCACGGAGGCCUGCUGCCCAGACUGUGUUUGGUUUUACCGUGACGUCAUGGUGACAGUAACCGGGGGUGUGGCCGUGGCUGCAGCACUUUGCCUGUUCACGCUUCUAAUCCGGCCAAUCAGGAUACGGAAAAGUUAGGGUUCAACAUCUGCACAACACUAACAUGUCUCAUAUCUGUGCACACACACAGAAAACAACCACUCAUGUCAGAUUGAAUAACCCACAGUGUAUAUUUCUGUUUGAAUCCACCAUUUCAGCUGCAUACAGAGCACACUUGUUUUAAAGGACCUCAAGGAUUAUGCCUUACUCACUAAUCUUUCAAAAUAUUUUGGCGUACUUUACUUUUUGUUCAUAAAUAUUUUGAGGGGGAAGGAAAGCCUUUGUUGCUGGACAAGGGAAAUGGCCCCGAGGAUGAAUCCAUGCUACCACCCAGUGUAUGAAUCUGUAACUACACUGUCUCCUGGAGGGGCAUGUAGGCUUUUAAAACUGACGGUUACAGUGAAGGUUCCUCAUCAAAGAGGAAGCUUGUGAUCAUAGAAAGAUCUUUAAAUGCAUAGAUAGAUUUAGAAAAAAUGUAGAAACUGAAAUCACAGUCACACAGACUCAAAAAUACAAAAUAUGCUAUUUCAUAUAGAAAUGUAGAAAUCAAAGUUAAGGGCAACUGAUAAUAGAUAGACCUACAUAUAUACAUUCAUACACACAUACAUGAGACACUUGUUGGAAAUAUAACACAAUCCAAUCUCUGCCUCGCCUUUCUACUGUGAGUGAAGCCAAAUGUUUUCGUUGACCUGGCAGCGAUUGUGGCGUUGAUCCAAGGAACUGAACUGGGUGAACUUGACACUUCUUGUGUGUGUGUUUGUUUGUGUGUGUGUGUGUGUGUGUGUGUGUUUGAGUGACUGUAAGCAGGAGUGUUAAUACCUUCCCGGACAUUAUUCUUUGUACCACUUGCUUUGAUCAUUUUUACUGUAAGAGAAAAAUAACCAAACAUUGGUUGGUUGGGAAAAUGAUUCUGAAAAUAAAAAGUACACACACAUACCUGCUCUGACCAAAGGGAAAAUUACACAGCAGAGACACUGACAAGACACAGGAACUAAACUGAACUUAGUUUUGAUUCUUUUAUAAUGUUGCAUUAAUUUAAAAUCAUGUUGUUAUGUUAACAAACUGUACAUCUUUGUUUUUGUUCUUUAUUUUGUUCAUUCCUUGGUUAUGUUUGUAGUCUUUGUCUAUCGUAUGAAAGCUGCAUGUUUGGAUUUGAGCCACCUGAUCAUACCUUGUCCUUCAAGGGGCAAUGAGAAAAAUGUUCAGAAAAUGACUUCAAAACCCAUUAAUCAGUAGAGGACACAAUUUUGUUAACUUAAUUCUUCUUGUAAUGGAAA